ACCAUCUAUGUAAAGCUACCUAACCUAAGGUAACCGAUCAUUAAUAAAGUCGAGAAAUAUUAAACCGCUUAAUUUCGUUGAUUAUUAAAUCUCCCGCUUUCCGUCGAAGAACUUGACAUUUGAUAUUCUUUGCCCUUUGAGGCAAUAUACGUCACAAAACUACUGUGCCAUCGAAACUCAAGUAGAUAGUCAAAAUACGGACGCGCCACAAACCCCAUAUCAUAUAUAUAUCAAGUCCUCAACAGCCAACGCCGUCGUUAUAUCAUCAUGGCACUAGGAAGAUGGACGUUUCCUACCAGUAGGAAGCCUUCUUCUGCCAGUUCCGGCGGCAAUCGCUCAAACGGCACUACGACACCAACCGACAACGAAAAUCAAGAUCCCUCAAAAUCACAAUCUCGCCUACUACGAACCCUGACCGGAGGCUUCAGAUCCCACAAGUCUAAGAAGUCGGAAGAGCGCGACGAGUUUGCUCAUCUGAACAAACCAUUCACCCAACAGAAUCUAGAACACCAGAAGAUACUGAACACCUUCGAAUGGAACUUUGGAAAGAGAAGGUCGAGUCACGGCGGUCGAAGUAGUACGAGCGGCAUCAGCCCGAGUGCUUCGCGGAACACCAGUGUUGACCACAGCCACGUACCUCCGGACUCCGAUCCAAUAGAGACACGUCCUCGAUUCAACAGUGUCUUAAUCCAGGAGUCGUCUCGGGAGGACCCGCGAGGGGAGCAACAGACACAUCGAACAGAGAGGAACUAGGCUUUUAAUGGGAGUAGGCGAAACGGUUUGAUGGGCUACGAUAAGACGAAUGUAAUGAUACCUGGACGGAUUUAUUCACUGGUUGGCGUUGAGGGAUAAAUAGACAUUAGGAGGAAAGGUUGGAGGCAUUGAUUAACAUGCGGUAAUAUGUACACAUGGUGGUAAAAGUUAUGAAGGCCUCAGAAUUUUCAGUGUAAAAUAUAACUCAUUGGAGAUAUCCUCAUAGACUGUGUAAAAUCGUUCAUCAUUGGCCAUAUACAGUUGAAAAAGAAAAAAAACUUGAUAUCAAGUCAAGUUCUGACUUGUCUUAACGAAAUCUUGGAGUAGUCAUUUCUGUCUGGUGGUUUGGAAAUAUCGACACUGCUUAGUGCGAGCAUAACAGAAUGUCCAAGUAAGAGAUGAUAGUUAAAUGGUGUUGAGAUUAUGCGAAUAUCGUGAACCUCAGGUCUCCUACCCUGAAUGAAGAAUAGGUAUGUACCUAUCUAAGUCUGCUUGAUAGUAGCCAUCUCGAGUUUCGUGGAUAUACGGCGACCUUGGAGCAUAGCAUUAACAUGCAUUGCAGAGAUGGUUGAGCAUCAGAAGAAUGUCACAAUUCUGUAAAGUGGUUUCGAGAAAGAAGAAAAGUCC